AUGGCAGCGUUGCGUUCGGUCGCCGGAGAUGCGGGCGUGCGCCGGAGCUGGUGGCGGCAGAGACGACAGACGGGCGAGGGCAGGAGACGACGGGCAGCGGCAGCGUCGAGCGACGGCGGCACGCAUGCCCGAUAUGGGACGCCGGACUCGGUCACUUGCGCUGCAGAUCGAGCGCCCGCAACGCCGUCUCCAACGGGCAUUCCCCCGCACUUGGCCACGGCUUCCCCACUCCCCGCUCCUAUCUCGGCCACCCCGGACACCGCGCUCCUUCUCGAACGCUCUCACCGUCCACUUGCUAUGCAUGCGCAGCCGCGUUUAGCCUCGGUCUCCGAUACCCGACGCCUAUCCUCGCUCGCUGACGCCACUAUCUCCGGCGUUCUUUGCGGCACCCGCUCGAGUCCACCGGUCGACGCAACAGGCAGUGCGUAUCGCCGCACCCACGUCUCUAACCUGACCUAA